UGACCUCAUCACUUCCUCCCACCAUCUAUAUAAAUAGCGAUUGCCGAAUAAGGAGCGAGGGGGGUUCUGUUUUUCUCGUCCUCUUUGUCCGCGUCGGCUCUCGAGAUCUAACACGUCGGAGCUCCGCCACCCGGAGGGCUUGGCAAGGUAGCUUUGGGUAAUUUUAUGAGUCUCUAAACUUUGUUGAUGCAAAAAUGGCUUUUGGGAAGAACCCUCGAACAGAUAGAAAGUCGACAUCCUAUUGUUCGACAGUGACACUGGUUGUCUUUGUGGCUCUAUGUCUAGUUGGUGUUUGGAUGAUGACAUCCUCGUCUAUUAUUCCAGUCCCAACUACUAGUGUGUCAACUGAAACGAAAUCAGAGCUAAAAGAACGCGUUCCAGAUACCUCACAAGCUUUUGAAGAUACUCCUGGGGAUCUUCCUUCAGAUGCAAUUCAAGGAGACAAUGGCAAUCCAUCUCAAGAAGAGAAGGCCCCAGAAGUAGAAGAAAAAGUUCAAGAGGAUCCAGUGCAGGAGACUCAAGAAAAGGAGAGCAAGAAAGAGAUACAAGAGUCUGAUGAGAGCACAGAUAAAGGAGAUGACCGGGAGAAGAUUCAAGAGCAAGAGGUUGAAGGUGGUGACCAACAACUACCUCAGACAGAGGAGAAACUUGAAGAAAAAUCUAAUGAGCCAGUCACAGAGGAGGAAAAAGUUGAAUUAAAGGACAAAGUGGAUGAGCAUAAUGAAGAGAAAGCACCUGAUCAGAGUGAUGAUUCCAAGAAGCAGUCUGAAAGUGAUGGUGCUGGUGGGCAAGAUAGUCCUGAUGAAACUCCUAAGGACGAAAAUCAAGAAUCUCCAUCUGAGGACAAGGUUAAAGAAAAGAGUCCAGGUGAGGUUCUCCCAGAUGCUGCACAAUCUGAAAUCUUGAACGAGACAAACAUACAAACUGGGACGUGGAAGACACAGGCUACAGAGUCAAAGAAUGAGAAUGAUGCACAAGGAGGGUCCGAUGGAUACAAAUGGAAACUUUGUAAUGUAACUGCUGGUCCUGAUUACAUUCCCUGUCUUGACAAUGAGCAAGCAAUUAAGCGUCUUCCAUCAACAAAACACUAUGAACAUAGGGAGAGGCAUUGUCCUGAUCCAGCCCCCACUUGCCUUGUUCCUCUCCCUGAAGGAUACAGAAGGCCAAUUGAGUGGCCUACAAGCAGGGACAAGAUAUGGUAUUCUAACGUUCCACACACCAAGCUUGCUCAAGUAAAAGGCCAUCAAAAUUGGGUAAAAGUUAGCGGAGAUCAUCUCAUCUUCCCUGGUGGUGGAACUCAAUUCAAGAAUGGGGCCCAGCAUUAUAUUGACUUUAUACAGGAGAUUAAGCCUGAUAUUGCAUGGGGAAAAAGGACUCGUGUGAUAUUGGAUGUAGGGUGUGGAGUUGCCAGUUUUGGGGGCUAUCUUUUUGACAAUGAUGUGCUUGCAAUGUCAUUUGCUCCCAAGGAUGAGCAUGAAGCUCAGGUGCAGUUUGCUCUUGAGCGGGGAAUUCCAGCAAUAUCAGCGGUUAUGGGCACCCAGAGGUUGCCAUUCCCAAGCAGGGUAUUUGAUGUUGUCCACUGUGCACGUUGUAGGGUUCCUUGGCACAUUGAAGGUGGAAUGCUUUUGCUUGAGUUGAAUCGGGUGUUACGUCCGGGUGGUUAUUUUGUAUGGUCUGCUACCCCAGUUUACCAAAACAAGAAGAAUGAAGAAGAUGCUGGGAUAUGGAAGGCCAUGAAGAAGCUAACAAAGGACAUGUGCUGGGAUCUUAAGAAAGUUGAGUAUGACAGAGUGAACCAAGUUGGUGCUGCAAUUUUUAAGAAGCCUACUUCUAAUGAUUGCUAUGAGAACAGACCUGUGAGUGAACCUCCAAUGUGCAAGGAAUCAGAUGAGCCAAAUGCAGCAUGGUAUGUUCCAUUGCAAGCAUGCAUGCACAAGGUGCCAGUGGCCUCAACAGAGCGAGGGUCAAAGUGGCCUGAAGAAUGGCCCCUUAGAUUGGAGAAUCCACCUUAUUGGCUGUCUACUCAAACUGGGGUUUAUGGCAAGGCUGCACCUGAGGAUUUCACUUCAGAUUAUGAACACUGGAAACGGGUUGUGUCCAAAUCGUACUUGAAGGGUCUGGGAAUCAACUGGUCAAGAAUCAGGAAUGUCAUGGACAUGAGAGCUGUGUAUGGAGGCUUUGCUGCUGCCCUGAAAGAUGUAAACUUGUGGGUUAUGAAUGUGGUGCCAGUUAACUCAGCAGACACACUUCCUAUCAUUUAUGAGCGUGGUCUUUUUGGCAUAUAUCAUGACUGGUGUGAAUCUUUCAACACCUAUCCCAGAAGCUACGACCUCCUUCAUGCAGAUCAUCUCUUCUCUAAAUUGAAGAAGUGCAGUGUCACUUCUGUUGUUGCUGAGGUUGACCGCAUAUUGAGGCCAGAGGGCACGUUCAUUGUUCGUGACAAUGUUGAGAUCAUCAAUCAGAUUAAGGAGUUGAUUAAAUCGAUGAAAUGGGAGGUCCGCAUGGCUUAUUCCCAGGAUAAAGAGGGCCUUCUCUGCGUCAAGAAAUCAAUGUGGAGGCCAGAAGACCGGUCUUCAAUGUAAUCUUCUUUUUUGCAGACUCCACCCAAAGGGAAAAGAAGGGGUUGGUCCAUUUUGUUCUUCACUAUUUCUUGGUUCUUUUCACGAAGGUUUUGUCUCCUCCCCUACGAAAUGUAAUAUUGUGUUCUGCAUUUAAUUUUGUGCUUUUCUUAUUUUCUAUAUGGUAAUGUUUUGUUGGUCAGCAGGAGGGAAAUUUUAGGGUUUCUGACUGUAAAAGUUAGCAAGUCUCUAAAUGUUGUCAUUCCCUAUCAGUUUGGGAGCUUAAAAACGAUUCUUGCAUAUUAGUGGUUACAUCACUGAUAGAUAUAAAAAGACAAAUCUCUCUCUCUCUCUC